AUGAAGAACCUCUGGCUGGCGACCGUACUGACGGCCGCGACUGCUGCUACCGCCUCGAACGCCACAUUCGUACAAUGUCUAGAAGCAACCCUUGGCAACGACACCUCUAUCUACUCUACACCGGAAGACCCACUGUUCUUGCAGGGAGACGUGAAACCAUACAAUCUGAAUUACCGUACCAUUCCGGCCGCGAUCGUAUUUCCACAGACGCAGGAGCAAGUAUCGGGAGUCGUCAAUUGUGCGCAUACCGCAGGAGUCGCAGUACAGGCGCGCAGUGGCGGCCAUAGUUAUGCGAAUUAUGGUAAGGCUGAGUCCAGGAGGAAAGCUCGUGGUCGUGCAGUUGCUGACAAUGGCGUCGCAUUGGUGGAUAUGAAGAAUAUGGGUGCUUUCGCUUACAACGAGGCUGAUCAGACGGCGACUUUUGGGCCAGGAAACCUUCUCGGCAACCUCUCGGAGAAGCUGCAACCCCUCGGCCGCGUCAUGGCAUACGGCGAAGUGGGUGUCAUCGGCUCGGGUGGCCACAUGACCAUCGGCGGUCUCGGAACACUCAGUCGCCAGCUCGGACUGGCAGCCGAUCAGAUCGUGUCGGCGCAGUGUGUGGUCGCAAACGGUUCCAUCGUGACAGCAAGUGCAAGCACGAACCCCGACUUGUUCUUCGUUAUCCGAGGCGCUGGCUUCUCGUUCACUAUUGUUACAGAGUUCACCAUGAAGACUGCACCCGCGCCAUCGGAAAUCACCCAGUAUGCCUACAACAUCACGGCCAAGGACGCGACGUCUUUCUCAAGCACAUUCCAAGCUUGGCAGAAGCUCGUCUCGCAGCCCAAUCUCGACCGCCGGUUUUCCAGCACCGUCACUCUAAGCCAGGGCUCGAUGAUCAUAAACGGUAUCUUCUAUGGAUCACGAUCCGACUUCGAUGCGCUGAACGCCCAGUCCAUCAUGCCUGCCAAUGGCUCAGCCAUUCUCGCGCAAAGCACCGUUGCCACGGUGCCGUUCAUGGGGCUCGGAGACCCCACCCUAACAGCUACAGGUAGCUUCCCCAUCCACUUCUAUGCCAAGAGUGUCAAGACGACAAACAAGACACUCAUUUCGAACGAAACUAUCCAAUCGAUGUUCUCGUACAUCAACGCGACCGAGAAGGGAUCACCCGUGUGGCUUGUCAUCUGGGAUCUCGAAGGCGGCGCCAUCUCCGAUGUGUCUCAGACGGCUACCGCGUACUGGCACCGCGAUGCGCUCUACUUCAUGCAGAGCUACGUCGUCAGUCUCACCGGUCCCGUCAGCGAUGCCUCCAAGAGCUUCUUGGCCGGCCUCAGCAGCUUGGUGCAGAAGGAAACUGGCGCGGAUCAAAGUGCGUACACGGGCUAUGUCGACCCUGAGCUUGCGGAUCCACAGCAGUCGUACUGGGGUUGUAAUGUGCCUCGCUUGCAGCAGGUCAAGGCGGCGCUUGAUCCUGAUAACGUCUUUCGGAAUCCCCAGUCAGUGUCGACUAUCCACAACGCUUCAAUAUGUCAAGCUCAACAGGACCUACCCACUUCGGGCUCAGAUACACUAGCCCAUUCAGAGCAGUAUACUCUGUUGCUUUCCCUCGUUCUCGUAGUAGUAGCGUUCUACUUUUGA